AUGAGUGGCCAGUUCCUGAGGCAGCUGCUGGCCGAGGAGAGCCGGCACUCCACAGCCGUGGGGCGCCUCCUGCUCCCCGUGCUCCUGGGAUUCCGCCUCGUGCUGCUGGCUGCCUGCGGGCCUGGGGUCUACGGAGAUGAGCAGAGUGAAUUUGUGUGUCACACCCAGCAGCCAGGCUGCAAGGCCGCCUGCUACGAUGCUUUCCACCCCCUCUCUCCACUGCGCUUCUGGGCCUUCCAGGUCACCUUGGUGGCCGUACCCAGCGCCCUCUAUGUGGGGUUUGUCCUGUAUCACGUGAUCUGGCGUUGGGAAGUAGCAGGAAAGCUGAAGAAGGAGGAGGAGACCCUGGCCUGUCAAGGGGAGAGCAGUGGAAAUGCCUCAAGGACUGGGAACCUGAGGCUGCUCUGGGCCUAUGUGGCACAGUUGGGGGCUCGACUGGUCCUUGAGGGAGCAGCCCUGGGGGGGCAGUUCCACCUGUAUGGAUUUCAGAUGCCCAGUUCCUUUGCAUGCCGUCGAGAGCCUUGCCUGGGCAGUAUAACCUGUACUCUGUCCCGCCCCUCCGAGAAGAGCAUCUUCCUCAAGGCCAUGUUUGGGAUCAGUGGGCUCUGUCUCUUCUUGACCCUUUUGGAGCUGGUACUUCUGGGCCUGGGAAGAUGGUGGAGGAUCUGGAAGCAGCGACCUUCCUCUUCCAACUUCUUCCCACCUUCAGAGAGUGCUAGAAGUCAGAAGGAACCAACCAAUACCAUCCCAGGGAUGGAAACAAAACAGAAGCUUCGGGAAGCAGGUGAGGAGGACGGCAGUGGUCUUCUUUUGUCCUGUGCCUGA